UUAACUGUGCAGCAAUAUGAAGGCUUUAACUCUGUGUCUUCUGGUCUUGGUUUCGGCCACUUGCCUUCUGACCACUCGGGCCAACUCGAUUGAAUCGGUCGAUGAUUUAGACAUUGAUUUCGACUUUGAAUUCGAACUAAAUCAGUUGCCGGAUGAAUUGGAUAAUGACAAUGACUAUAUGGAUGUGGAGGAUUAUGGGUUUAUUCGCACUUGCAGGAAAAUCCUUCGCAAGGCUUUGAAGACAGUUCGUGGCACUAACUGUAUUAUCAAGGAGGUUGUCGAAAUUCUGAAUUCCUGUACAACCUACGUGGAUGCCAUCGAUGCCUGCGGCACAGCAAUUCCCAAGGAUGUGGCCAAGAUUGUGAGCAAUGUCAAGGAUAUGAUCAAGAUCUGCAAUGAUAUUCUGCAUCUGCAUUCGAAAUUGUGUGCCAAGGAAAAAUCUGUGGGCUCGGUUGUCAAGAACUCUUCUAAAUGCUUUUGGAAUCUGUUCAAGGCCAGCAUGAAGCUGACCAGAAAGAUCAAUAAGACUCUCAAACUGAUUGCCAAGUUGCCAGCAGAUACCAGCUCCUGCUUCUUGAAUGCCACCAAUAAGAUCAAGGUUUCUUUCAACUCAUUCCUGCCCAACAUUAAUGUCUGUAUUGAGUCUAUGUGAACAAUCGUUAAAGUUUACCUUAUCAGAAAUAAAUACAUUGUCAAUCUCUAAAACCAA